AAGCCGAGCACACCGCCGCACUCUUGCGUGGUUAAUUUUUUUAAGACGUGUGGCUCAGAUUUGCUCCAUCGUCCUCCUAACGUCUCAUCGGAGCCACAUUCAAGCGUCGAGAGGCUUUCUGCGAGCGCCCUUUACUCUGCAGUGCAGUGCUGUCGUGUUGACACUCAUGUGGAACACGCUAAGGAUAAGCUAGCUUUUGCUAACGUUGGCUAGCAAAGCGAGCGAACACUGCGUCACACAUUAAGUCAUUUCCAGCACCCAAAUACACUUGAAAAUGAUUGUUUCUUAGACGGUUGCGUGAUCAGUGAUAAGCCAUUUUAGAAAACAGGGAGGGUAACGUGGGGAAAUAACGCCAUUGCUGACGCCGUGAAUGAAACGGACAUUGGCUAAUGCUAAGCUAGUUCCUUCGACGCGAAACAAUACCAUGGUCAAUAAAGAGUCUUCUACAGUUCAGCUUUUGACAAACAUGUCUCUUUUUGUUAACAUUAUAGAUUAAACAACGCAAUAACAAAGUGAAUAAAAGUCAAUAAGCCUCACAAAUUGCCGCACUAGGUCAUUGUGAUUAAUAACACACGGGUCUGGUGUAUUUGCUGGAGGGCGCUACUUCCCUGUUUGAGUUCCGCACUAGUACAUACUAUUUAAUUUAAUACACUUUACCACACUACGUCUCAUCGAUCUUAUAUACUCUGCUUUAUUAUACCCCAGUGUACUACAAAGCGGUUGCUGUGAGUAUUAAACCGACACAUUAGCACCCUAACGCCCAGUGUGCUUCAGGAAUUAGACAUCGCCCAGUCUUUCCGUAUAAGUAGGGGUGUUUAGUUUAUUGAGGACUAGCAAACUAAUUUUACAAAACUGCUGCUGUGCAAUAGCUUCCAAAUGGAUUUCAUGUUUAAUGUGUUUGUGUGAGAACCUUGGCAUAAAAUAGCAAAUGGUUGUUUACAGUGAUCCCAUUUUUAACUGCAUGCAUGUAUUUAUAGGUGUGCACAGUGACUGGCUAGUAGUGACUACUACUACUAGUAGUAGUAUGGCUGCAAACAACACAGGCCUGGUGUUUCCACUAAUAGAGUUUCAGUCCUGGUAAACAGAGCUGGGACUUCUCCUCUGAGGAAGAAAUGUUUCUGCUUCCACCAGUUAAUUUGAAACCUAAUGGCUGCCCGGAUUGACAAAUCAUACCAAGGUGUCUUUUGGAAACGGAGAAUCGGCUGCAAGCAAGCCAGGCGGACGAAGCUGCUCCUCCUGCACAGAUCACACAGCUUGUGCGGAUUAGCAAACAUGACUUAAUCUGAAAACGUGGGUGCAGCAAUGGAGGAGAAGAUGAAAGAUAUUGUUGAAAGGCCUUGCUGCGCCUAAUUCAGUGGCGGACACAGCACAGUACAGUAGAGUUUCUAUGAGUGAAUGUUUCACAGGGGAUUAAGGCUGCAAGGGCACAUUUGAGAGUGCAUUUGAAUCAUCAUCUCGUGCGCUGAUUGUGUGCACACAUUUUAGAGUUUGAGGGAUUUUCUCCUCCUCCACCUCAUGUAGCAUAACUCCAUCGUGAGACUUCCACUUCCUUGGACACAAGAUUGCCCUACAGCUUAUUUUUCAUGCAGCACAUUAUAUGUUUUGAUCCACAGUGUGCCUACACAUCUAUCUGUCCAUACAAGAUGGAUUUGACUUCAUGCAUUGUUGUAGCAGCAGUGGCAGUAGCCACAGUUAACCAUAGAGGGGCGCUGCUUUCCCAGUGAUGGGUGCAUCAGUGGAAUAGACUCCUCACAGCUGAAGACAAGAGAACCUCAGUCACUGUAGCCACACUGCAAAAAAGAUGACUCCACAACUCGCAUCAUCACGCCACAAACACAAGCACGGCUUGCUUUCAUACUGCAAAUUCAAGGGCUCCUGGACAACGAGGACGUCCGCGUGAUGAUGCAGGGCUCCAACAUGGUCAAAGUUCGCUCCCCGAGGUGGCAGAAAAGCCGAAACCUGCGUCUGCUGGAGGACGGGCUCACCGUGUGGUGCGAGUCGUCCAAAAGUUCCCGCAAGGCCAAGGCCCGCCAGACGUUUGCGGUGACAGAGGUGGAGUGCGUGCGUGAGGGCUGCCAGUCGGAGGCGCUGAGGCGUCUGUCCGGGUCGGUGCCGGAAAACCGCUGCUUCACGGUGGUCUUCCGGGGGGCCAGGAAGAGUCUGGACCUGCUGUGCCCGUGCGAGGAUGAAGCGCAGCGGUGGGUGCGAGGGCUGCGCACCUUGAAGGAGCGAGUGGCCAACAUGACUCAGAAGGAGAAGCUGGACCAUUGGAUCCGCGGAUACCUGCGGCGAGCGGAUCAGAACCAGGACGGCAAGAUGAGCUACGACGAAGUCAAGCGUCUGCUGCAGAUGAUCAACAUCGACCUGAGUGAGCAGUACGCUCGCUCUCUGUUCAAGAGGUGUGACCGAUCCGGGGACAGCCGCCUCGACCACAACGAGAUAGAGGAGUUCUGCAGGGAGCUGCUGCGCCGGCCCGAGCUGGACGCCGUCUUCCGCCACUACUCCAGCAACGGCUGCGUGCUCUCCACCGCCGAGCUGCGUGACUUCCUGGGCGACCAGGGCGAGGACGCGUCCUUGUCCCACGCUCAGAGUCUCAUUCUCACCUACGAGCUCAAUGACUGGGCUCAGAGGAACCAGUUCAUGACCCAGAAUGGCUUCACCAUGUACAUGCUCUCGGGGGAGAAUGACGUCUUCAACCCCGACCACGCCAGAGUCUACCAGGACAUGAGGCGCCCCCUGGCGCACUACUUCAUCUCUUCCUCCCACAACACCUACCUCACCAAAGACCAAGUCACCAGCGCCAGCAGCACAGAGCCCUACAUCCGGGCUUUGAAUCAAGGCUGUCGCUGCGUGGAGCUGGAUUGCUGGGAUGGCGACAAAGGCGAACCGGUCAUAUACCACGGCCACACGCUCACCUCCAAAGUGCCUUUCAAGGAGGUCAUUGAGACCAUCGCCCAGUACGCCUUCAAGGCGUCCCCGUACCCUCUGAUCCUGUCCUUGGAGAACCAUUGUUCCGUUGAGCAGCAGGUGGUCAUGGCCAAACACCUUCACAACAUCCUGGGCAACAAACUGCUCACCAAGCCCCUCAGUGGCCAGACUCUCAAGGAUCUGCCUUCUCCUGAGGAUCUGAGGGGACGUAUCCUGGUCAAAGGGAAGAAGCAGAUCCCUCACCUGGGCCAGCUGGCCAAAAACGGCAGCUACGGCAGCUUCUCCUCCAGCUCUGAAGAUGAACAAGCGAGCACCAACAAGAGCACGGCCAAGAAGGACCCGUCCAAGGCCUGCUCCAAGCUGAGCGUGGAGCUAUCUGAGCUGGUGGUGUACUGCCGGAGCGUCCCUUUCUGCGGUUUCGGCAACGUGUGGGAAAAACCACCCGAAGAAAUGUCCUCCUUCUCGGAGAACGACGCCCUCAAGCUCAUCAAAGACUCGGGCAAGCUUUUUGUAAGACACAACAGCAGGCAGCUGAGCCGGAUCUACCCCUCCGGCCAGCGCCUGCAGUCAUCCAACUAUGAUCCCCAGGAAAUGUGGAACGGAGGCUGCCAGAUGGUGGCCCUAAACUUUCAGACACCCGGCGAGCAGAUGGACCUGAACCAGGGACGCUUCCUGCCCAACGGCCGCUGCGGCUACGUCCUGAAGCCCGGCUUCCUGUGCACCGGCGAGUCCGACUUCAACCCGGAGAACACGGGCGGCGGACCCGGCCACAUCCCCACCCAGUUGACUAUACGAGUAAUAUCAGCGCAGCAGCUUCCAAAAAUCAAUACGAACAAGGCGAGCUCCAUUGUGGACCCGCAGGUGUGGGUGGAAAUCCACGGGGUGGCCAUCGAUAACACCCGAGACAAAACUCAUCGCAUUGACAACAACGGUUUCAACCCACGCUGGGACUGCACACUCAGCUUCCAGCUGCAGGUCCCCGAGCUGGCCCUGGUGCGCUUCAUGAUCGAGGACCACGACCACACGGCCAAAAACGACUUUGUGGGACAGUACACAAUACCGUUCACAAGCCUGCGCACAGGUUACAGACACGUGCACUUGCUGAAGGGGGAUGGGUCCAGGCUGUCCCCGGCCACACUUUUCAUCCACGUCAAGGUGGCACGCAAAGGAGUUCCCAUCAAAAAUGUGUCUGACGGUACGACUUCUCCGAAAGUGUGACUUCCAUCAGAAGCGUCAACUCACUAACUAAAGAUGAUUAAUACUGUCACCAGUUAACACGUCAGCACUAACUGCGAUCUAGAAAGAGAUGGAGAACAACAAAUUGGUGUUUGAUUGAAUUGCUCUUACUGUACUUUGGCACUUUUCAUGUCUCUUGGACGUUUUUUUACCUCCACAUGAACUUGAACUUAAAAAGCAGUAUUAUCUCAGAGACAAAUGUUUACUCGUCCUCUACAUGCUACAUUUCACAUAAGCUUACCAGAUGAGUCAACGUUUGACUUUGUUUGUUGCUGGCAAACCUUUCUUGUCCUCUGCGUUGCCAAAAUAUUGCAAAUUCAUUGGCUGGUCUUUCUAGUGAAUUGUUAAAUCGUCCUAUAUAAAAUGAAGUGUUGCACAUGCACAUGGAUUACUGAAGGAGUUCUUAAUUUAAACCUUGCAGUAUUACAAGUUGUUAACAUAUGUUUAGUUUUAUGGAGUGGUUUAUUUAUUGUAACUAAUAGAUGUAUUGCUAAUUACAUAAUACAGUAAAUACUGUUUUAUUAUACAUCGAUCAGCUCAAAGUCAUUAAUAAUGUUGAGUAAUUCUCUGUGCUUAUCCUCGUUUUGUUUUAUAACAAAGGACUUGCGUGAAUGCUGAUGUCCUUACUUUCUAAUGCAAUCCCCCAUUGUCCUCCAGCAAGUGCCAAUAAAGUUUUAUUAAUACA